CCCUCCGCCAUCCCGCACCGCUGACCACUGCCAGCAGCGGCUAGAGCGGCACUGGGGACUAGCGCCGCCCCUCUCCGCACAGCUCCCUCUGCGGGACAGGAGGACUCAGCGCCCCGGGCGCGGCGACGACGCCCCGAGGAAAGCUGCGGCCGCUGGGCAGGGCGCCUCCUGUCGGCGGGGAGAGGCAGCUGGGGAAAGUUCGAGUUGCGCCGGGGUUCCCGGGCCGUUGGAGCCCCUCAGAGCCGCUCGCCUCUCCCGUCUACACUUGCACCUCCCGAGCUGGCACUCUCUGCACCCCGGCUCCUACCUCCGGCCUCCGAGCCUGGCAGCGGGGUGGCUCUUGUGAGGAGAGCCAGCCGCUGCCCGGGCGUCGCCAUCUCCGUUCUCACUUCGUCUCCUCCGGCCCUUGCCGGCUGCUGUGGCCUUCCGUGUCGCCAUAGCAACGACAGAAGGAUCCGAGCCCCAGAACCCCCUACCCAGACCCACUCGCGAGUGAACAGAGUCUGAAGGACCCCGAACCUUGCACAGGCAGCAAGCACAGACUUGGCUGCUAGAGUGUGCACGUCAGUGUGAGCACGUGGGUGUGGGAGUGCCCAAGUAUGUGUGUGCACAGGGGUGUGCGUGUGCACAAGUGUGUGUGCACAAUGUGGGUGUGUGUGCCCAAGUAUGUGUGUGCACAGGGGUGUGCGUGUGCACAAGUGUGUGUGCACAAUGUGGGUGUGUGUGCAUGGGGGUUGUGUACAUGGGGGUGUGUAUGCACAGGGGUGUGUGUAUGUGCACAAGUGUGUGCAAAAUGGAGUGUGCACAAGUGUGUGUGUGCAUGGGAGUGUAUGUGCACAGGGGGAGUGUAUGUGCACAAGGGUGUGUGUGCACGGGGGGGUGUGUGUGCACAUGCACCCCUGUGUGUGUCUGUGUGCAUGGCUGUGUCUGUGCAUGUAUGAGGAGGGGACCUGCAGUGUCUCUCGCAGCAGCAGAGCAGGUGCAAUAAGGCCUUCAGUGCCAAAGGAGCUCCCAUGGGAUAUGGUCUCAGGCCCCAGCUCUGCACCCACCCUGCACCCCCUCGUGUGGAUUCUGAGAUGAUCUCCCAGUCCUCUUCUCCUCCAGAGCCGGUCCCCGUGGGGCAAUGCUGUGGGACAAAGGCCAAGCCUGAAGACAGGACCCAUUUGCCAGUGUGUUCAUGGCCAGAGCCCAGGGCAGCACCUGGGUGCUCUGCUUUCAGAGGGACUCAUUUGCUGGAGGUCUCCCACAUACCUGCCAUUGUUUUGGGGCAGCGUGGUGUUGCCCUGGAUGCUCUUCCACUCUUCCCCAUGCCCUGAUGGACGCUGAAUUUGCAUCCUCGCCAAUCUCCUGCUGCCUUAUACAUUUAAUCAUCCCCAUCACUGGGGCUAGACCUGCUCAGCAACAACUAAUUUUGCUAUCAAAUUCCUCUUUGAUUUGCUCUUGGUGGCAGCAAGCCUUUUCAUCACAGAUGCUGUCUGGGCAAUGUGGAGUGACAGAGGUGAUAAAUAGUAUCACUGCUGCCUCCUUGUCCAGUAAACACCACCAUAAAUUCCGUAAUUUUUUUUUUAACAGGGAAAUUGCAAACAAACUGCACACAAAGGUCACCUGCCUCUGCCUCUGAGCACAGGCACUAAGCCCAGACUCAGGGCCAUUCCAUCUGGCAUUUGCCUCCUUCGAGUGGCACCAUGCUGCGUUGAGGAGCCCAAACAAGAGCAUUUGUUCCUUCAUCAUCAUUAUCAAAGCUCUUCCCAUCACUCCACUAUGCAGUGGAGUGAUUCACCUCCAUUAUCCCCCAUUAGAGAGGUCUGAGAGGCUCAGGCAAAGUCCUGAGAGCCACAGGGUCCUUCUGCCUUUCUGAUGGCUCACGGCCGUGCUGUCUUCCUUGGCUGCUCUCAGACUGCCCCCGAGUUACCUUCAGGUUUUAACUGUUAAUAUUUAAUCUAUUCAUCCUUAAUGUUUUGCCCUGUUCCCGAGGACAUUCCAGCCCUCCAAACUCCAUCCAACCCAGUCUCAAACCCAGGGGCAGUGUUGGGGAAGCUGCCUUUAUGGUCACCCCACAAGAACCAGCCCUGGCACAUCUACUGACCACCUUACACAGUGCUGCUCCCACUCACGGCUCUGCAACUCUCCAUGGAAUAAAACCCGGAUUUCUGAAACCAUCAUGGGCCAGCUUUGCUCCCCUGGGGGGUGAGGAGCUGGGGACAUUGGGAUCUCCCUUUCCUGCUGCUGCCUAAUAAGACCCUUCCCCUGACAACAGUUCGCUGAGACCGGUAGCGGGAGUGAGUUUGGCUUUUGCAUGCGCUGGAGGGAUGGAUGCUCCAGGAUGUUUCCAGGAAACCUUACACGAGUGGGUUAGUGCCACGCAGAGAGAGCCCUGGGCUGUGUCCAAAGUCCUGGGCGAAGCCCAUCUGCACACACACACACGUGGGGGGAGAGGCUGGGCACAAGCUACGCCGGGCAGGAGGUAACGGCACACACGCUGCUAGCGGAAAGGAACACGGCAGUAACGUCCCAGGGGUCGCCGUUGCUGGCAGCGCGGCUGGGGAGGCGGCGGUAGCUGCCGGGAGCGGGGCUGAGAAGAGAGGGGCUGGGGAAGGUUUGGGGUUAGAGGCUGGCUGCACACAAAGGAGCGAGCGGCUGGAAGACGGCACAGCGGCGAGAGCCAAUCACGGCGGCGGCCCCGCGAUAAAAGGCCCUGCGAGGCGGCCCGGGGAGCUCGCAGGAAACGACUCCGGCGCCCACAGGCCGGCCGCUGCGGCGGGGAGAAGGCGGCCAGAGCACGCCGCCGCCGGGGACGGCUGGACAGGCCCACCGCGACCCACCCAACCGGGGCGAAACCCUUCUGCUCGGCAUCGCCGUGAGCAGCCCAAGCAUAUGGUGUUGCAAGAAGAGGUCUGUCGCAGACACCUCCUCAGGGAACAUCAGCCCACAAACUUCAAGCUCAGGAUUAAAGAGACAAAGGAGGGGAAGGAGUCAUGUUCCAGGCCACGGGACCUGCCAGCCCCCCCCCAACUCAUGAGGCAAAGAAUAGCUCAGGAAGCAGUACAGUGCAGCGCUCCAAGUCCUUCAGCCUGAAGGCUCAAGUGAAGGAGAUGUGCACUGCCUGCCAGAAAACUGUCUAUCCCAUGGAGAGGCUCGUGGCAGACAAAUUUGUCUUCCACAAUGCCUGCUUCUGCUGCAAGCACUGCCACACCAAGCUGAGCCUGGGCAGCUAUGCAGCACUCCACGGGGAGUUCUACUGCAAGCCCCACUUCCAGCAGCUCUUCAAGAGUAAAGGCAACUACGACGAGGGCUUUGGGCGCAAGCAGCACAAGGAGCUGUGGGUGCACAAGGAGGUAGAGAGUGGGACCAAGUCGGCAUGAGCGGGGCCAGCCCAGCCUUCCCUGGAGCCCAGCAGAGAGGGCACGGAGCAGCGCUGAGCUGGGGGGCUAACUGAGCUGAUGUAAAGCAAAGGGGACACAAAGGGCUGUGGGUGGGAGGGGAGGCAGCACAGCCCUCCUGGAAAGAUGCUUAGAGGGGUCCUACACCCACAAGGACAGGGCAUAGGCAACUAGGGCAGAGCUCCCAAGCCUGAAGCUUUCUCUCUGCAAGCUCCUCUCUCCCUGAUGAGAUCAGACCAGAAGUUGGUGCCCCCAUGGGAACCUCAGCCCUGGUCACAAGUUUCAGGCCUACCACCAUGGCCAAGGAGACAACCCUAGGGGGGAAGCUUAACCUAGUCUGUAAGUCACAGCAGAGCCCUAAUCUCCUGCCACACCAAUCCUGCCUUUCUGGGGGGGGCUCUGAAUAGGAAGGGUCCUUGGUUUCCAUCAGCUCAGUUCAGCUGGGAUGGUUCAGCCUUAAGGAUGUUGCCCUGCAACCGUUUCUCGGUGUCUGCCUUUUUUCUACCUGCCCCUGUCUGGAACGUGCAGUGCUGAGCCUGGCACAGCAGCUCCUUGCAUCACACCGCGCCCUGCGCUCUUUUAUUUUUGUAAUACAAGGGUUCUGAGCCUUC